AUGAAGCGACUGUUGACGCUGGCGACGGCGCUGGCGGCGGCGCUGGCCGUCGCGGUCGCCGCCCCCGCGGGCUCCGACGUUGCCCCCGAAGCCGCCCCGCAGCAGCGCCUCUUCCAGCCCGCGCUGCUGCACCAGCCCAAGCUCAAGUGGUGGCAGACCGGCAUCGUCUAUCAGAUCUACCCCGCGUCCUUCAAGGACAGCAACGAUGAUGGCAUCGGCGAUCUCAAAGGCAUCACCGAUAAACUGCAGUACCUUAAAGAUCUUGGCGUAGCUGCUCUGUGGUUGUCGCCGAUUUUCCAAUCUCCCAACAAGGACAUGGGGUACGAUAUCUCCGACUAUAAAGACAUCCAUCCCAACUACGGAAACCUCACCGACUUCGAGGAGAUGGUGAAAAAAGCACAUGAACUUGGACUCAAAGUUAUCCUUGACUUCGUUCCAAACCAUUCGAGUGACGAACACAGAUGGUUUAAAGAAGCUCUGAAAGGACCAGACAACCCGUACCACGAUUAUUAUAUAUGGCACGAGGGGAAAAUAGUCAAUGGAGAACGCCAGCCUCCCACCAACUGGGGAAGUGUAUUCGACGAAAUGAAAGAAGGUUCAGCUUGGAAGUGGGUGCCCUCUUUGAACAAGUACUACUACCGCACAUUUCAUGAGGGGCAGCCAGAUCUCAACUACACCAAUCCUGCUGUGGUAACCGAGAUGAAGGGUGUGGACGGUUUCCGCAUCGACGCCAUCCCUUACCUGUUCGAGGACCGCCUGAUGCGGGACAACGUGAAAGACGGCAACGAGCGCACAGAGAACCUGCCUGAGACCUACGACAUGGUGCGCCAGUGGCGCGAGGUGUUCGAUGAGGAGGGAGCACGCCUCGGCAAGGACUUAGUGAUGAUGCUAGAGGCAUACGCUACAGUUGAAGAAACAAUGAAAUACUAUGGUACGAAGGAUUUCCCUGCUGGCGAGAAGAACGUGGACGGCUUAAACAUGCUGGUUCUGCUGCUGCCGGGCACGGCCGUCACCUACUACGGCGAGGAACUGGGCAUGCUAGACAAUACGGAAUUGACCUUGAAAGACUGCAUGGACCCGCAGGCGUGCCCCUCGGGAGCCACAGAAGACUACUACAAGAAACACAGUCGUGACUUCGAGCGUACGCCUAUGCAGUGGAACAAGAACGACUAUGCAGGAUUUAGUAACGUGAAACCGUGGCUGCCAGUUCCUGAGAGUUACACCGACCGCAACGUUGACGUUGAGGAAAAAGAUGAAAGCAGCCAUCUCAACAUCUACAAAAAGCUAGUUAAGCUGAGGAACGAACCCGUGGUGCAAACUGGUACCUUGAAAGCAGAAGAUGUGGGAAACGUUGUUUCAUUUCUUAGACAAAACGAUACAUACAGCCUCCUUGUUCUGAUUAAUCUAAAGGAAACCUCGACAACUUUCAAUGUCAUUGACAUUUAUGGUUUCGUAGGAGAACUUAAAGAAAUAGUUUCUUCUAAUUUUCAAGACAAUACUCUAAAUCUCAAGAGCGUUAGCCUAAAUGGCAACGCCGCAGUGGUGUUGGGUGGACCGCGAUUCCAAUGGUGGCAAACUGGUAUUGUCUAUCAAAUUUAUCCUCGUUCCUUCAAAGACAGUGGCGAAGACGGAAAUGGAGAUAUUCCUGGUAUUACUGCAAAAUUAGAUUACCUAAAAGACCUAGGAGUUCAAACUAUUUGGUUGUCUCCCAUCUACAAGUCUCCAGACUACGAUAUGGGUUACGAUAUAAGUGACUUCAAAGAUAUUCACGAUGACUUCGGAACUAUGACCGACUUCAGGGCGAUGGUGAAGAAGGCUCAUGAUCUAGGUUUGAAGGUUGUGCUAGAUUUUGUGCCCAACCAUUCCAGUUCUGACCAUCCGUGGUUCAAAGCAGCACUAAAAAAGGAUGAGAAAUAUUUAAAUUAUUAUGUCUGGAGACCUGGGAAAGCAGAUAAUCAGCCUCCAAACAACUGGAGAAGUGUGUUUGCCAGCCAAAAAGAAGGUUCGGCUUGGACGUACAGUAAAGAAGUUGGACAGCACUAUCUUCAUCAGUUCCAUGAACAUCAGCCCGAUUUGAAUUUCAACAAUCCUGAAGUUGUUCAAGAAAUGAAGGAUGUGCUCAAAUUCUGGGUCGAUGAAGGAGUAGAUGGGUUCCGAGUGGAUGCUAUUACUCAUCUCUUCGAAGACGAUCAGUUUAGGGAUAACGAUGACAAAAACAACUAUUUAACAAAUCAAGCUAAGACAUACGAAAUGGUGCAAGAGUGGCGAGAAUUUCUCGACAACCUGGGGAAAGCUAAAGGCAAGGAAUUGGUAUUGAUGCUGGAAGCAUCAGCGGAUGGUGACGAUCUCACGAAAUACUUUGGCACGGCCGACAAACCUGGAGGGCACUUCCCAUUCAAUUUCAAGUUGAUUCACGAUUUGGGAGACAAAUACAAUGAUCCAGAAAAAGACGUUUCUGCAAAGGACGUAGUUGACGCCAUUGAAAAGUGGACAAGUUUAGUUCCAGAACAUGGAUGGUCAAACUGGGUGCUCGGCAACCACGACCAACACCGCGUGGCGUCCCGUGUUGGAAAGGAACUCACCGAUGCCAUGAACAUGCUCUUAACACUCCUGCCCGGGACGGCCAUUACUUACAAUGGCGAGGAAAUCGGCAUGUUGGACAACAGGGAACUGACGGUUGCGGAUUGCCAGGACAAAAUGGCGUGCCCUCAAGGACCCAAUUCCGACGAGGCCUACUUCCAAAAGGAGUCGCGUGAUUUUCAGAGGACGCCUUUCCACUGGGACUCCACCGAGAACGCAGGAUUCUGUGACGCAGGUAUUGAGCCAUGGCUACCCGUUCCUAAAGAUAUUGACCACAUUGACGUAAGAUCUGAGGAAAGUGUAAGAAAAAGUCAUUUGUUCAUUUACAAAAGGCUUGCAAAACUCCGAAACGAACCUGCAAUUCAGAGUGGAGAAUUCAGUAAAAUAAUUCUAAACGACAAUGUAUUAUGCAUUUCAAGGAAAAAUGAUAGCUACGCUUAUCUGCUACUCAUCAAUUUCGACAAACUACCACAAAUUGUGAACGUAGCCGAAAAACAUGAAGACGUGGGAGCUGUUAAGGAAACCAUCUCGUCUGAAACCCAAAACGUCAUUAAUAUUCAGUACAUGUUCUUAUUCAUUCUCUCUUUGUUGGGGAAAUCGGCGCUGGUGCUGGAGGGCGCGCUGCGCAAGAAGAGCACGGAGCCCGAGGACCUCAAGUGGUGGCAGAAGGGCAUCAUCUACCAGAUAUACCCACGCUCCUUCCAAGACUCGGACGGCGACGGAAUCGGCGACUUGCCUGGUAUUACUUCCCGUCUCCAGUACAUUCGAGAUCUGGGAGUAUCAGCUAUAUGGCUUUCUCCAAUUUUCUCUUCUCCUGAUUGGGAUAUGGGCUACGACAUCUCUGACUUCAAGAACAUCAACGACAUCUUUGGAACUCUUGGUGAUUUCGACGAAAUGCUUCAAGAAGCACACCGCUUGGGGUUAAAGGUGAUUCUGGAUUUCGUUCCCAAUCACUCGAGCGAUGAGCACGAGUGGUUCCAAAGGGCUGUACGCGAAGGAAAGAAUAGUGAUUAUUACAAUUACUACAUUUGGCAUGAAGGACAAAAUGACGGCGAAGAUCCACCCAACAACUGGGGAGGUGCUUUCACUCAAGAAGAGCCUGGAUCGGCCUGGUCAAAGUACAAAAAUCCUAUUACUGGCGCCGAAACUGAGUGGUAUCUACACCAAUUCCACCAGAAACAACCAGAUUUGAAUUAUAGGCAUCCUGCUUUGGUGCAAGCAAUGAAGGACGUGUUGAGUUUCUGGGUGCGCCGAGGAGUGGACGGAUUCCGUGUGGACGCCAUCAAUCACCUCGUGGAAGAUGAAGAAUUCCGAGACAACACGGGUUCAGACAGAGACAUGCAAGUUAACCAACCUCUCACCUACGAAAUAGUUAAACAAUGGCGAGAUGACCCUGAUGCUGGAAGUAUACGCUGAUCCAGAACCCCUGAUGAAAUACUUUGGCUCAGAACUGCGACCUGCCGGUGACUUUCCAUUCAACUUCUUUGUGAUUUCUCAGCUUAAUCUAGAAAAUUUAAGCGCUGCGAAGUUGCAGGAAGUUCUCAAGUUGUGGCUUGAUAACAAGCCUGAUUUCGGAUGGUCAAAUUGGGUGGUGGGUAACCACGACCAACAUCGGGUUGGCACUCGUCUUGGAAGUGAUCUCAUUGACGCCUACAAC